UCCAGUGUCUUUAAGGUUUGCAAAUUGUUAUCUCCCUCUAUAUAUUAUGGCACUAAAGAUACCAUUCUCAAACCAAGUCUUCAAUUUUCAAAAACAGUAAAGCUUAUCACUUAAAUCAAAUAUUCGUGAUCUUCUUUGUGCAAUCUAUUUUCUUCUCUAAAAUGGGUAUUCAACUAAUGGGCUUAGCUCAUGCAAAACAAAAGCUCCAGCGAACUCUUUCAGGUAAAAUUGGGAAUGCAGCAUUGGCAACAUCAAAUGUUCCUAAAGGCCAUAUUGCGGUUUAUGUCGGGGAAGGCAACCGGAAAAGGUUCGUGAUUCCGGUAUCUUAUUUGAAUCAUCCUUUGUUUCAAGACCUGUUAAAUCGAGCCGAGGAAGAAUUCGGAUUCAACCAUCCGAUGGGUGGCCUCACAAUUCCAUGCAGUGAAGAGUACUUCAUCAGUCUAACUACAGUAUUGAGCUGUUCAUAAAUGCUUCCUCCACCAACAAGGAAUGAAGUAAAAGUUAAUUUUCUUAGCUUGUAAACAUACUGUAAUUUGUAAAAGACAGCAAAAAUUGCAUGGCAAUGAGAUUAUGAUUCUUCCCUGACAACAAAAACGUGUUGUUCUUAGCAACUCUGAAUGAAUCAGAUCAAUCACUUUUUUUAAUGGCAAA